AUGCCUAAUGUGGAUUGCCUCGAUGAUUCAUUGUACGCCUCGGGUGGGAAGGGUUCCAUGCGGUAUCUCUUCCUUCAUGGAGGCCAUUCCCAAUUACCCCUUGGUGACAAUGUCUCGGUGGAGGCCAAGGUUCUGGUACAAAAUACACUCGGAGAGAUUAUUUUCGACGACAGCCCAGAUCAGCCCACCUCACAGUACCAGUUCCUUGAUCGCAGCUUAAAAUCCGUCAAUGGAAAGGAAGAUGCGUACAUACCAAAGCAGGUCUUCGUCGAAAAGAUGUUGAUCAAUGUAUCUAUCCCCACAUUACUGGAUCAAGCAGAUACACCAAGCAGCGAGAAUGUAUCUUAUGUUACCCUACUAAUUCUCGGCCGAACCGGUGUCGACCAAGCGUCCUUUCAGGACUACGAAUACCUCAAAUCCAUGCUCCAUCUAUUUGUUCCUCGAUUUGGACGGGCCAUAUCCCGCAUUAGCGACGCGUACCUCCCUGGGGACGCACUCAAUUUGUCACGUGAAGUUGCCAGUUUGAUGAUGGUUCCUUCUGGAGAUACCAAGAAUCUCCGCACAUUCCUGGGCAUGUAUGCGAAGCGUUACAUGAUUAAAUCGCCUAAUGAGGUAGAGAUACUGGAGCGGUGUUUGUUGCAUAUGUUAAAGAUGCCUUUCGAGCUGAGCUCGGCAAUACGGUAUGGGCUUAUUUUGCAUUGA